AUGGCUGACAAUUUUACUAAAACAGUCAUUGAUGUUCAACCUAAAAUAUCAUUUACAGCACAACUUAUUUUAUUACAUGAAAAAGUUUAUUUUUCUAACAAAUUAGAAUCUUCUAAGGUACCUUUAAUAAAGAAAAGAGAAUUAAGGAAAACUAGACCUAAGUAUAUCAAGAAAAGAGUUAUUAAAAAGGGAGUUUUUCUUAGAUUUAAGUAUUGUAAAAGUCUCUUUAUUUAUGGAACGAUAACUAAAACUAAAAUUCAUAUGAAGUCUUCUCAUUUUGAAUAA